GAAUUGGAGGGCAUCCAGGGCAAAGCCACCAACAUGGCAAUUAUUGGAGAUUUUUUCCACUUCUGCCUCUUAGUUUUACUAGCAUUUGCCUUAUCAACCACUGAAGCCGCGCAACCCAGUCACUAUUCAGUGCCCUUUAACAGGAGCAGUUUUCCGUCUGAUUUCAUAUUUGGAGCUGGUUCUGCAGCUUACCAGUCUGAAGGAGCAGCACUGAAAUAUGGAAGGGGACCAAGUAUAUGGGAUACUUUCACAAGAAAACAUCCAGAAAAAAUAUCUGAUAGAAGCACAGGGGACAUAGCUGAUGAUCUCUAUCAUCGUUAUAAGAGCGAUAUUAAACUGAUGAAAAAGAUUGGUCUAGACUCCUUCAGAUUCUCCAUCUCAUGGUCUAGAAUAUUACCAACUGGAAAAGUAAAAGGAGGAGUGAACCACCAAGGAAUUGAGUACUACAACAAUUUUAUUAAUGAGCUGCUGUCCAAUGGAUUAAUACCCUUUGUGACAUUAUUUCAUUGGGAUGUUCCACAAGCACUUGAAGAUGAGUAUGGUGGAUUUAGAAGCGAAAAGAUUGUGGAAGACUACAAAAACUAUGCAGACUUUGUGUUCAAAACAUUUGGUGACCGGGUCAAGUACUGGAUCACCCUGAACGAACCGUAUUCGUUUAGCAUAAACGGGUACAAUGGGGGUACAUUUGCACCCGGUAGAUGCUCAAGCUAUGUGGGAAAUUGUACAGUUGGCAACUCGGCCACAGAGCCUUAUCUUGUGGCCCAUAAUUUACUUCUUUCUCAUGCCGCUGCUGUCCAACUUUACAAGCAAAAAUACCAGGCAUCUCAGAAGGGUAAAAUUGGGAUUACAUUAGUUACCCACUGGUUUCAAGCAAAAUAUCCAACCAAGGCAAACCAAAAGGCAGCUUCUACAGUUUUGGAAUUCUUUUUGGGAUGGUUUUUGCAUCCAAUUACGUAUGGUGACUAUCCCAGAAGCAUGAGGUUUUUGUUGGGAAGUAGGCUGCCUAAAUUCACAAAGGCUCAAUCGGACUCUCUAAAAGGCUCAAUUGAUAUCCUUGGCGUGAACUAUUACACAAGCAAUUAUGUGGAGGCUCAUCGCUAUACUACUUCCAACCAUAGUUACUAUACUGAUAUGCAAGCAUCUCUCUCUGCGGUGAAAAAUGGGCUCGCAAUUGGUAAACCGACUGCUUUGAACUGGCUUUACAUCUAUCCCAGUGGAAUAAAACAGCUUAUGUUAUACAUCAAGAAUAAUUACAAAAACCCACCCAUCUACAUUACUGAAAAUGGUGUUGCAGAGGCAAAUAAUAGCACCCUUCCUGUUAAGAGUGCCCUCAAGGAUGCUGUAAGGAUAAGAUACCUCCAUGGCCAUCUCUUCUAUCUUUUACAAUCCAUCAAGGAGGGUGCCAACGUGAAAGGGUACUAUUCAUGGGCCUUUUUUGACGAUUUUGAAUGGGAUGCUGGAUAUACCGUUAGAUUUGGCCUAAUUUAUGUAGAUUUCAAAAAUAAUUUGAAAAGAUACCUUAAAUACUCUGCGUAUUGGUACAAGAGGUUCCUCCUUCACUGAAAGCCAAUGAUGAUCGAGGCCAAAGUUUAAAUAAGGAGAAAAUCAUCUUUCUCCACUAUCUAACUAUCUGAAACACUAAGAGAUUUCUUAUCUAUUUUGUACGUGUAUCUCUCAGUAUGAUCUCCUAGUAAUAUCAAUUAAUGGCUGUUUAGUUUAA